UGCAUCAAGGCUUGUCAGUGGUCGUAGUGGUCGAUGCUUCCCAAAACAUCUUGAUUGUGGAGGUCUAUAUUACAUUCUUGGAACUGCUUGCCAACAUGAAGAUGCUUACCGUGCCAACGGAAGCAACAGCAUUUUUGGGAGCUGUAGGGAUGAUUUUAGUUGUUCUGGUUGUCUUCUACCUGUAUCUCAACAAGAAGCUCUGUUUUACAACGGUUGGCGGAUUUCCGUGCUGCGACGUUACCACAACCCCACACGAAAAGAAAGUAACUAAAGACUUAGGUGCUGCGUUUGCAUAUGAAGAUGUCGAAUCUUCAACUGACAGUGAUGAAGAAAUGAUUCAGCACCUACAUCACUCCGCCAGUACUCAAAGUGGAUUUCUGUCCUCAGCAGCUAAACGUGCUUCUUGCAGCGGCGUUCUACCAACGGAUUCUUCCACAGGAUCAAGACCCGCUGCUAGCAGCAGUAAAGGCGGAGGCACACGCUCAGACUUGGCGUCUCUCGUUGAGAGAGGACAUGCUCGCGGCGGAGGAGCACCGGCCGCAGGUGGCUCCGACGGAUCUAGCGGACCCGAAUCUGGAGAUGAAGCCGCUGGAGUGACAUCAUCCAUGCAUGGAACACUCACAACACAGGCUCAGCAAUUGCAGUAUGAGAAUGGGGCAUUUCUUGCUGCAGGAGAUGAUUCACCAAUAUCGUCUGCUGCAGAUGAGCCAAUGCUCUUGGAUCUGGCAGUAGAAGAGUUGCAAUGCGUUGGCAGCACAACUCGGUGUGGAGCUCUGGAGGUUGGCUUCUCGUACAGUGCAGCGACACGGAAACUGACAGUCGCGGUGCUACGAGCGCACGACCUGCCCAGCAAGGAGCGCGGUGGUGCAAACAACGUGCAGGUUCGCCUCUUACUUCUGCCUCAUAAACGGCAAAAAUACAAGACUCGAAUUCGGCCGAGCGCCGAUGACACUCGAUUCGACGAGAAGUUUGUUUUUUCGAGGAUAUGCCCCGAGGAGGUCAACACCAUGGGGCUGCGUGUCAGACUUUAUGGAUGCGAACGAAUGAGACGAGAGCACCUUGUUGGUGAGACGAUGGUACCGUUUUCCUGUCUCAGCUUCGACACUGCGACCACACACUGGCUUGUGUUGGAACCACGCUCCAACCUUGCGCACUCUGACUCCAGGUCAGAAAUCUCGAGCCUGGCUCGGUCGGACUCAACUGGGUCCACGCAGUCAAUGCAGCACGGUGGUCUGCCCGAACUUUUGUUGGGCCUGGCCUACAACGGCACCACCGGUCGACUCGCGACGGAAGUCAUAAAAGGGAGCCAUUUUCGCAACGUUGCCAUCAAUCGUGCUCCAGAUACUUUUGUGAAGCUGUCCCUGAUGUCAUCAAGUGGGCAAGAGAUAGCACGCAGCAAGACGUCUGUCCGUCGAGGCCAACCCAACCCACUGUUCAAGGAAACGUUUGUCUUUCAGGUUGCACUGUUCCAACUGCCAGACGUGACACUCAUGGUAUCCGUGUACAACAAAAGGUCCAUGAAGCGUAAAGAGAUGAUCGGCUGGUUCUCCCUUGGCCUAAACAGUUCGGGAGAGGAGGAACUCUCGCAUUGGAAUGACAUGAGAGAGAACAAGGGCGAGCAGGUGUGUCGGUGGCACGUUCUACUGGAAACCUAAGACAAACAGAAGUCACACGUGAUUGCGGACACUACUUCAUCAUCACGCCAGCAAACUGCACUGGGUAAGAUGCUCCCCCCAAGUCGAUACAAGGAGAGAGCAAUUCCACUUUGAAGCUACGAGGCCAAAGCAGGCAGCCGUGGGGAGCGUUUGGCGGGGACUCUUCGUUUUCAUGCUCACAAGCUCCUAACCUGUUGGUGUGUGUGCCUAUCCCCAAAGUUCUUGUUGGUUUCACGGGUGCGGAGUUGGAGAGGACAUCUUUUGGCAAAGGUGCGUGGCACAUAGAAAAUUAGAGCGUCUUUUAAUGCCGCGAGACAUUCCGAGCAUCGUACGUGUUGUCAUGCUUAUGCAGAAAAACAACAACAAAAGAAACAAAGGCUUACCCGAGUAGUGAUAUUGUAGGGAAAGUUUUCUUUCUUCUCAGAUUGCUUGGAUCGUUACCAGCAUGGCAUACCUCGCGUUCCUGUGAUAGCUUACUGCAGGGAGGGCGCUUUAGAGUAAUUUUAGACUCGUCCAAGUAGGCUUAGCCAAAUCCAAAGUCAAGUAGUGGAUUGUGCCCUCACAGCUUUUGCCCUGAACCAAACAGCUCGUAGGAGUGACGUAGUUCAUAACUGGGGAAGCUUGGCUAGGCGUGGCUUGGUACAGCUGUUGUUUUGAACUGGAUAUUAAAUUGCAUAAAUGUUGCUCUGACAGCAAAGUUUUCAAAGAACUGAUCAGCCAGAUAACAAAUCACUCUUAAAUGACUUUAAAAGUAUCGCAGAGAGGCAGUUUGUGUUAGAGGCAUAGAUUAACAGUUUACUGCUUAAACCCAGCAGAACAAGUUACACAUGACAAGGCACUCAAUAUAUUUUUUACAAGGGCACAUUGACGUCUGUUGGGAAGCAACCCCCAAUUCAGUGACCUAUGUCCCUGAGAAUUACUUGCUGCUCCUGAUGGCUAUGUAGCCGACACCUAGACAACUUAGAUCCAGUGUUGUGCGCAUGCAACGUCAUUUUUCUGCCGUACUUGACGAGCAACGCUAAGUUGGUGGCACCUCCGACACAGUGUUGCCUGUAGUUUUCAAUUUUGAUUUCUGCAAUUGGGAGGAAAAUCGUUGAAGUGCUUUCGGAUGAUUGCACACCUACUGCUUUACAGUAUGUUCAAAGCUGGUAGUAGACUAGAAAUGGCUCGGUUUCUACCACAUGAGCAUGCACACUAAGCUGUACCAAUUGGGGAAGUAUAGUUAGUAUUCACUUGUCCGUGUCUUGCCAAGAGGGUGCCAAGUAGAAUGGGAGACCCCUAGUGCACGUUUUUUCCUUAUACAUAAUUCCAUGACACUCACGUUUUGGAUGGAAUCCUGUACGUACAUCUUGUACGCUUCACUGUUUUUUCUAUCUCAACAUGUUGAUGUUGAUGAAAGUAUUUUCUGGUUAUACCCUCGUGCACCGUUUGUAUACGUGUUCCAUUGGUGCGGCACAGGUACCGCUGCUGCGAAUGCUUGUUACUAAAAAAACAUUGAAGAAAUCAGUAAAAAAAAAAAAAAGUUGGUUCUGACAAUCUUAUGUGUGGUCUGUGGGAGAGAUCCUCUCUCUUUAAUUUGAUGCCCCGAGGGGUGAGCGUAAACAUACUAAGAUUAUAUAUAUACAUAUAUAAUAUUUCUUGUUGUAUCUGAGUAAUUCCAGAAUUUUUACAGGGUCUGCGAGGCCCCCCGAACGUUAUCAGUGGUGUCGGUUAUUGAAUAGUAAGCAACUAUCUUGUUACGGUGACAGACUUUUGUCUCCUGUUGAGUUAAGAAAUGUAAAUGGACAAGGCAAAACAGGUACUACUGUACUGCUGCAAUGUACUGUGGUGUUUGCCUAAUUAUUGCGACCCUAGUACCACCGUUAACGGCGGGCAAAACCAAGGCUACGUCGCUGAACAUGACAGUAGUCAACGAAGUCACCAAUGUGCAUUCGUAUCCUUCUGUACUGCGUUUCGGAUCCCCUAUUCGCACUCACUCUAUUCUAAAGCUCUCUAAUAGUUCAGUGAUGGACGAGGACACACGACAAAGAGAUUUGACAUACAAACUAAAGUUACUUACUCGGAAAGGGAGAAACCUGUCAGCUGUACUUGAGACCCCUUUGUGCCCUUAAGCGCGGACCCCAUGACAGGCGACAAGUGACAGCGACACGCUACAAGCGACAAAAUCUAUGCCAGCGCCGCCACACGAGCGACAAAAAAAGCUCUGUCGCGGCUACAAAAUCUUGCAUCUACUCCCCGUAGAUAUUUGUUGCUUGUCGCCAGAGACCGUUGCCCGGCACGAGCCCAAAUCCGCUAGAUUUGGCGGUACGUAACUGAAGUGAAUGAUAAAGUAUAGAGAUGUAGGCGGCCACGGCGUAGAGUGGGUGGCAAGUCAACUUUAUUAAAAUGAAAUUUCGACCUUGUAGGCGGGAAGCAAGUGGACUUUCGAAAGUAAAAGUGGCGGAACGCGGAAAAAAAGAAAAAAAAGAAGACGAAAGCGUGGGAACCGCAAGUGCCCCCAAGAAACACAUGCCCCUAAAAUACAUGUACACAUAAUUUGGCGCUAUUAAUUGAUGGCUCCAUUUGGUUGUGUGGUGUAUGUAAACUGAAAUCACUUUGCGUCGUGAGGAAAUGGAUUUUUUUCCCUGAAACGUUGUUUUGCUGCUUGCUUUUGUCGCAAGUCAAAUGGGUCACGAAACAGCAGCACUGGAACCCGCAUGUAGCCUAUCGCUUGUUAUGGGGUCCUUUAUCUCUUGCGUGUCGGGGUUCGCUGCUGUGGCAGGUGCACACAUUGUAUUCAACUUUACCUUCUUCCGAUGGUAACCUGGCAUUUGAGAGCCACACGCUGACAGGUCGCGUGACUGCAGGUUGAUGCAUACUUUUGAAGUACACUUUGUUAUGCCCUCUCUGUGAGCUGGGAAGUGUAUAGCACCUUUCACGCGUACCCUGCACAUUUAGUUAUUCAAAAUGUCUUCUACACUUUGUAACAAAUUGCACAAUUUUAGGAGGUAUUUGAAUGCCUGAAGCAAAAACACCUGUCGUGCUGCGUAAUCUCAAUGUGCAUGGGUAGGGUCUGACUCUUCUGGUUUAAGGCAGACUCAUUGCGGUCUAGUGAACGUUUGCUUCCGGAGAGAGUUGGCUGCACCGUCACGAGAUUGUUUUCUUCGCUUUUCGUUCCUUCCGCGCUUUGAGGAAGUAAUGUAAUCGGUGCAGAACGUGAUAGGAAACGACAGAGCCAUUAUUUUCAUUCGCAGGGAUCUGGAAAACUGCAGUAAGCUUGUCGAAUUUCUUGAUUGCAAUCAAUUCCCCGACUGUUACUCUAGGGAAUGACAUCGUUUUGGCCCAAAUAUCGCGGACGGGUGUGCCAAGAGAAGCGAUUUUGUUGCAUCUCCCAUAGACUCCCAUGUAUUGAAAAUUCAGUGAAUCAGUGAGUCGCGUCAGGCCUUAAAAAAUAUGUCAUUCCCUAGAUCGUGUAUCCCCGGUACCUGUAUUGUGUAGAAAUUUAGCGAGGUUUACGAGAACCCUGUGAACAGAAAUUUCCCACAGAUGACUUAAGAAGUGAAUCCACCUUAAACCUGAUUCCUCCCUGAAUUCCAAUCACGUUAUCGCAUUCACUAUUCCCUCCCAAAUCAAUUUUGGACCAAUUUGGGUUAAACCUGAUUUCUCCCUGAAUUACAACCACUGUAUCACGUUGUACCACUUCCACUAUUUAGUAGAAAGCUGGAUAUAUGUCUGAUGUAAAUAAUAUUUCGGUGCAACAAGAAACCAUACGAAGCACAUGUGAUGUUGUAACAUGUGGUGCUUCUAAUUAUAAUUCGCAAAGACUGCAUCUACGACCAAGCAUGCGUACACCUUAAACUGUCGUCUGCUUGCUGGACAGCAAGAACGAAAAUAACCCAACAGCACCUGAAUGCAUCAAUACCACCCUAUUUCAUCCCGAGUUACAUUUAACGCGAAAAAGUCGGACCCCAAACGUAUUCCUUAAGGGCCCCAUCAGUUUAAUGUCAUGCCUUGGCUGUUACAUCCGAAGUGAAGAAAUGCCCACAGUACCUUGCAGCAUCAAUUACAUUUCACUGGUAGAGAACACUGAUAGAGAAAGGAACUUGGAGAGCACGUUUCUACAUACUGCGGAUUUCACGCAGCAAGACGCGAGGUUGCGUAUCAUUCCGUGUACCUAAAAAAAGCAUCCCAUAUUUUGCAAAGCGUGCUAUAAACUUGCUUUUUAAAAUCUUUACAAAACAAUGUGAUCCAUGGAUGUUCAUAUCGAACUGCUAUAUCCCCCGUUACAUCAAUUCUGUAUAUGUGAACAUGAGUGUACAUAUUGUAAAUGUUGUUAAUUAAAAGCCAAACCAGAGCGUACUGGUGUGCUACCAUUGAGUGAUUGUGACAGAAAAUAAUAUUUUCCAUUUCCUUUCUUUUUUUCUUAUAGCCUUGGUUUUCAGUUCUUCCCUCGGCAUUAUGUUUUUGCAGGCUUCCUGUCUUCAGUUUGGUAUGUACGAUUUCAGUUCCUUUUCUUUGCUUGGUUAUCUUUCGUGGUUUAGUCAGUGGUAAGCUGGACACUUCCAUGCAAAGGGAUCUAGUAUUUGUUGAUUGAUAAAUAUUUGACCCCAUUUCUGUUUCUUCUGUCGCAUCGAACAAAAAAACAUGCAUUUAAUAGGCAAAGUAGAUGGUUAUAUCUACCAUUACUUCACUCCUCACUAGAGCUGUGCGAAUAUUUGAAAUUUCGAGUAUGAAACAAAUAUCUGAUGCUAUUCCCAACCUAUUUUCAGUAUUCAAAAAAUUUUAAAUAGUACUCAUGGGAGGUAUUGCUAUCGCCAUUCUGCAAGUGCACUUCGCCUCAUUACAUCUAAGAGCUACGUGAAGCCCACUUCACGACACCACUACUGUUCUGCUACUGUUCUCUUGGUCCACGGCUCCAUUCUGCAAGUCGGUGUUAGAGCACUGCACGGGCUGCAGUUUCAGGCCUGGCCCAGCCUUCCCUUAAUGUACGGCCCCGGCCCAAGCAUAAAAGAUCCCAAGUUUCUCGGUCCAAGCCCGGCCCGAUAAAUUUGUAGUAUACCCGGCCCGGUCAGGUGUAUCAGGCUGUAAAAUAUGACUGUGGCUGUCUAACAGAGGGAUAACAUAGGCUCGAGACUGACCUAAGCCCGGCAAUGUAUGGGCCCGGGCCCGACCCGGACCCAUAAUGGUGAAGCCCGAGCCCAGCCAAGCCCAGCCCAGGCCCGCAAAAAGGAAGCUUUACUCCGGGCCGCGCUUUCGGGUAAGCCAGAGCCCGUGCAGUGUUCUAGUCGGUGUCACCUCAUUACGCUCAAGUGUUGGUGGAAGCCUGCUUUACACUGUUUACAAUAUUCUCUCACUAAAGUCUACACCUUCUGUGAGCUCAUGGUCAACACUGUACUCGGGGAUGUUAGUGUUCCAGUAAGUGUACUCCCAACUUUCAGUGUUAUAUUCAAUAACAGUUCGAAAUAUGUGCAGUUUCUAUUUUAAAAAGGGGUACAGGAAAUUCACAAUGUAAACAUAGAAGUGAGAUGCACACAAAGCAGAUGCAUGGAACAUGUUGACUAACUGUCAGUGCAGUUCAUCCCACUGAUGCAGUCUACCAUACACCACACGGAGGGACCCUUCCCUCACAGAUUUGUUAUGCUGGGUGAAAAGGCUCACAAGUUCGGAGCAGAACUUCAUCGAAUGAGCACAACACCACAAAAUAUUUCGCCAUGAAGUAUUUAAAAUUAUUCGAAUCUGGCCUUUUCUGAUUAUUCGAAUUCAAUUCGUCUGAAGAUAUUAUUCGGAUUCGAUUCGCAGUGCAAGUCGAAUACAGUCAAACUCCUUUACAACGAAACUCAGGGGACAGCUAAAAAAAUUUGCAAUAAAGGUAUUUUCGUUAAAAAGGAUGUACAUUAUUGGACCUAGAAGGCUCCAGCGGGACCGCAAAAAAAUUUGCUGUAGUGGUAUUUUCGUUAAAAAGGUGUUCGCUGUAAAGGAGUUUGACUGUAUUCGAAAACUAUUUGCAAUGGAAAUUUUGCUAUUCGCACAGUUCUACUUUUCACCUUUCGUUGAAGUAGUGCUGUAGAGAAUAUUUUGUUUCUUUCUGCAUGGCAUGAGACAUCCAACGACCGCUAACUCCUGUGCAUGCGGAUAAUGGCUUUCUUCAGGUGGAUGCGAGCAUUCGUGUACAUUCAAUAAAUGCAUGAAUAAAAAUGAAGGAGCUGAGUCAUCA